AAGUUGACCCGACAACCGCUUGGAUUUACUUCACCGACCGAAACCUCAGCGUCCUCGUCGAACCGAACUUCCGGACCGACAUGCUGUCUGCGGGGCUGCUGGCGUCUCUGCUGAGCGUGUCCUUCGGCCUGUGGGCUCCCGCGGUCCGGGCGGCGUCCUGCGAGCUGGUCCGGAUCCCGCUGUGCCGGUCCAUGCCGUGGAACAUGACCAAGAUGCCGAACCACCUCCACCACAGCACGCAGGACAACGCGGUUCUGGCCAUCGAACAGUUCGAGGGACUCUUGAGUACCAACUGCAGUCCAGACCUCCUUUUCUAUCUGUGCGCCAUGUACGCUCCCAUCUGCACCAUUGACUUCCAGCAUGAGCCCAUCAAACCCUGCAAGGCUGUGUGCGAGCGUGCUAAAUUUGGUUGUGAACCAGUCAUGAAGCGCUACAACCACAGUUGGCCCGACAGCCUGGCCUGCAGCGAGCUGCCGCUGUAUGACCGCGGGGUCUGCAUCUCGCCUGAGGCCAUCGUCAAAGCUGAGGGACCAGAUCCGUACUACCAGGACCCAGCCAGGUGCAACCCAGAAUCCAGCCCAGAUUUCCCCAUGGACUCCAAUAACCUGCACUGCAGAGGACCAAAUGCAGGUCCCUGUCGAUGUAAGACUGUCCGUCUCGGAUUGAAAACAUACGAGAGGAACAAUUAUAACUAUGUGAUCAGGGCAAAGGUUCGGGAGGUGAGGAACCGAGGGUUGGAGCCCACAGCCGUGGUGGAAGUGAAAGAAGUGCUGAAGUCGUCUCUGGUUCAUAUCCCCCGGGACACACAGACGUUGUACUACUCCUCUUCCUGCCUGUGUCCUCCUUUGUCAGCCGGCGAGGACUACCUGAUCAUGGGCUAUGAAAACGAGGAGACAUCCAGGUUGCUCUUGAUUGACAGCUCCAUUGCUCAGAAGUGGAAGGACAAAAUUGGCAGGAAGGUCAAGAGAUGGAAUCAAGUGGUGCAGGGUCGAGGACGAGCAUCUCAGCGCCAGAGUCGCAACUGAGGCCCAGAGCCGAGUGUACGUGCACAUUCCCGUGCAUGUGCAGAUAUUGCACUAUGGAGGGAUGUCGUCGCUGAAUGUCAUUUCAUCUAUCAGACUGCUCUGUCAUUUAUUCUCUUUGCACAAACAUCACUUCAUGUUUUAAGUCUGUACAUAUUUGAUGAAGUACUGAAUGAAAUGGGAGGAGGUUCACAGUUGUAGUACUAACCCAUACAGCACAUCUCCAUGGUUACCACUAUAGCCUGUAAUUACCCCAGAUGUCAGAUUGUUAGCAUGGUGACGUAAUUCAACUCAGAACGUGGACUCUGGUGACGGUAAAGAUGGUGUGUUAACAUCAGCACAAACAGCAACAUGGUUUAAGUCUGAUUGUUCCACCGCGACUUCACAGUCCAAAACAUGACACAAGCUGAAGUUAGUGCAAGAAACCUAACUUUGUAAAUGCUCUGCACAGAUCUUUGAACAAUUAAACUUCAUCUGA